AUGAACUCCCUGAAGGCUGUGCAGACCUGUUUCUUCCCGAUAAUCCCCUCGUUCAGGUCGAAAUCCCGGAGGAAGCCCACCGCCGUCUGUCGAGGCAGCUCGAAUGGCUCCGAUUCCGACUCUUCUUCUUCCUCCUCCUCCCCGCAGGAGGGGGAUAAGCGGAAACAGGAGAUCCUCGCCCGCAUCGUGAUGCUCCAGACUCAGAAAGUCCGCCUCACGGACUUCCUGGACGAGCGAUCCGCCUACCUGACACAGUUCGCGGAGGACGCCAACGCGGAGUUCGACCAGAUCGGGGAGGAGGCACUCAAGGAGCUCGACGAGGCCAGUGCUCGGGUCAGGCGUCCUCCCUUGGACCUAUCCCCCAGCCGGACGGGAGCGGACUUGCUGAGGAAUUGUCUCCGGUAGCGCUUCCUGGCUGAUGGCCUCUGCCUCUGAUUUCGCAGAUAAUGGGGAACUUGGAGGCUCGGAUGCAGGCUUUCGAGGAAACCGCGGAGGAGAACAGACAGGAGAUCGAGAAGAACGAGAAGAUUCUGGAGGAAUUCGAAGAGAAGGUGGAGAGGGACAGGAACGAGGGCCUUUUCUUCAAGAACCUCGGUGGUAAGAAGCCACAGGACCAAUCAGAGGCGAAAGUAGCCGCCAAGUUGGAGGCGAAGAAGCUGAAGGAGCUGGCGAAAGAGAAGGCCGGAUCCAAGGGACGGAGGAGCAUCUACCUGGCGCUGAUGGCUCUUCUCGGCGCCGGCAUCGCUAACGCCGCCUUCGGUUAUCCGGCCGUGGAGUGGCGGAAGGCAGCCGCCCUGGGGUUCCUGUUCCUGGCUCUCCUCGCACAGUACGUCUACGAGCUCCGGCUGUCGUCGGAAGGCGACGAAACCAACGAGAAGAAAGACUGA